UUCCAGCAACACAUUUUAGAGUAAUCACAUCAGACCAAAACCAAAUAGAGAUCUCAUUCACAAAAAGUUAUGAUCCCAAAGAUUCUUCCAGUACAGUUCCUCUAAAUGUAGAUAAAAGAUAUGUAAUGUUACCUGGCCAGUCUGGCUUCUACACGUACGCAAUCUAUGAACAUCUUCAAGGAUGGCCUGAUGUAGACAUUGGCCAAACUCGAGUUGCUAUCAAGCUGCAAAGAAGAUUAUUCAACUAUAUGGCUAUAUCGGAUGACAUACAAAGAGAAAUGCCCAGUGACAAUGAUCGUUCUAUAGGAAAGACCCUCGACUAUAAAGAGGCAGUUUUAUUAACCAACCCAUCUAAUCCUACUAUGAAGGGAGAGGUAGAUGAUAAAUACCAAUACUCGUUAGAAAAUAAGGAUAUUAAAGUGCAUGGAUGGAUUUCUCCAAACCCACAUGUUGGAUUUUGGAUCAUCACUGGGGCGGAUGAGUUUCGAUCUGGAGGGCCAAUAAGACAAGAUCUCACCUCUCAUGUUGGCCCAACUGCCUUAUCGGUAUGAAAUUAAUAGCUACUUAUAAG